CGAGAAAAAUGUAAACAUUGCUGCAUUUUGGUGAUACGCGUAUGCAAUUUUUCUGUAAUUACUAAAGUUUUGCAAAUAAUCAAUUAUCUCGUGUUGAAAUAUUGAUUUGUGGGCGUCAAAUUAUGUGAUCAAUUGUUUUGAAGGCUUGUGUUUGCGAACAACGAAGCGAUGGAACGACAUCAGGAUUUAGAAGCGAUAAUCAACUCCCAAAAGGAGCAACUUUCGCGGUACGAGAAACGCCUGAAAGAUGUUGUCACUGCAUACAAGGGUCUGCUGAAGGAAAAAACCGCACUCGAGUCUAGUUUGGCUGCUUUUACUGGAAAUGCAUCACCGGAAAAACAGCAGCAGGUUUCCCCUGCUUCGACGAAAGAUGAGGGUGAUGGGGAAGCUCUUCGGGAGCAGGUGGCGACGUUGAUGAAUUCUCUGGCUACUCUCACGGCGGAGAAGGGCCGGAUGGAAGCGUCUUUCAAGAACGAUCGGAAGCAGUUGAGGGAAGUGAUCGCAGAGAAGGAAGCUGCUGUUCGCGAUCUGGAGGACCAGGUGAAGGCAUUGAACUAUACGAUCAAGACGGACCUGGAAAAUUGCAAGACCAAGCUGAAGCACGAUCGAGAGGAAGAAUGUAACAGCCAGCUGGUGAUGAUCUGCGAGCUGCAGAAACAACUGUUGGACGAGAGGCACCUAAACGAAACGCUGGAGAUGCAGCUGCGGGAUUUGAAGAUCCAGUUCAAUCAGAAACAUUCCGACAAGCGGGUUAGCGAGCUGCCUCAGGCUUCGGAUUUGGCCAGGCAAAGCUCCGAACAGUUGGAGAGCUCGAAGAAGGAGAAUGCUGCGCUGUCGACGUUGCUGCAGCAGUUCCAGGGAGAAAUAGAGAACUUGAAACGGCAGCAUGCGGCGGCUAUUCGAAACGAACAGCGACGGGUGCUGAUCGCGGAGGAUCGGAGCAAAGCGUUGGAAGAGGUCCACGAGGAGCGAGUGGCCAAUCUGGAGGCACGUUUGGCCGAACUUAGCGAGGUAGUUGGAACGUACGAUCGCUUACGGCAACACGACCAAGAAAGUAUUUCCAAACUGAAGGAUAAGCUAUCGAAGCUAAGUUUGGACAAAGGAUCAUCGUCCACGAGACGCUUGAGCCAGGAGAGCAAUGUGGAAAGAAUCGUUGAAGAAAUUAGCUACCUGAAGAACUUGCUUCAGGCGGAAAACGAAAAACUAGAGAACCCACUGGAUUUAUCGUCGCUGUUUUCGAUUCAGCCAAUUGUUGAGGAAAUUGUAAGCUACCCGGACAACGAAUUAGAGAGUUAUAGGGAUUUGCAGCGAAACUAUGAUCAGGUGGUGAAGGAUAAUGAAGUUCUGAAAGCGAAUAUCCAAAUACACAAAAAUAACACCAAAACCUUGCAGGAAAAGAUAAAGGUUUUGAACAAGAAUAUCGACGACCUGGAGGUGGAGUUCAAGAACAAGCACAUUGAGCAUAACAAUGUCUUGAAGGGAGAGAAGAUCCGAACGCAGGAGUUGAUCAGUGCUCUUGAGUCGGACUUCAAGUCCAAACUAUCGCAGCUGGAACUGCAACUCAAAAAGCAAAGAGAACGAUCGCUUCAGCUUCUCGAAGAGAAGGAAGAGGAAAUCAAGUCCCUCCGGACGUCGUUCGAUAUUUUGAUGCACGACACCAGUGGUUCUCAACAGUCCAACACCGAUCCCAACAACCCAUCGGAGUCCAUCGAUAGUUUACCGGUGGCUCUCUCAAAAAAGAUCAGCGCCCUCAACUCGGUGUUCAAAACGGAGCCCAACUCCAACCCGGAGACGCAUCACAUUCUGCACUACGCCCACGAACUAGCUCGCAAGGAGAUCGAAAUCACCGCCCUGCGGACGGCGAAGAACAACGCUGAAACGGCACUCCGACAGGCCCUGCACGACAAGGUCUCCUCCCAGGAGGAACUGCACGAUCGGAUUGCCUACCUGGAGGAGCAGAUUGACCGCUGGGAGCGGUGUAAGUCGCGCGAAGGCGCCAAUCUGGAGUACCUGAAGAAUGUGGUGCUCAGCUUCCUGAUAUCGCAGGAUGCCGAUGGGAAGAAACACAUGAUCAAUGCCAUCGCCGCGGUGUUGAAGUUCAGCACGGCGGAGAUGGCCGCGAUCCAAGGAUUGGACGUCGCCAAACGAUAGAACGUUCCGUAUUUUUAUCAUUCGUAUUAGACAAGUGGAAAAUAUAUUACUUCAUUGUGUUAUUGUUUCAAAGUGUAUGUAGUAUUUUGACGGAAAUAAAACUAGAUCAAUCCCUUUGAUUCUUGAGAUCGAGGUUGAUUGCCAAAAUAAUAUGUUAAAUUAA